AUUUAAUGCAAACACAGCCAGGAAUAUUAGAUUUGUCUGCCUACAAUUUGCCUAAGAGUGAUUCCUUAUCGUUGAGAAUACAAGAGAACUUUUCUCUGUAUGGUGUUCGAUAUACUCAAUUAGUUGUAGUGGCAAUUGCAAUUGGAGGGUAUGCUAAAAAUAAUAAUUAGACUCUCUAACUUCGCGGUUUUGUUGACACUCUUUCUUAGUUACUUAGGGUAUUAUUGUGUUAUUAAAUCGAAGAUGGGCAUAUGUUAUGAAACAAAGUGCUAUUUUAGAUUUCCUGCCUGAUUUAGGAUUCGUCAAUACUCAAGAUAAAAAAAUGAUACUUUUACUACUAUGUAACAUGAAUAGCAUUUAAUUUAGUUAAUAUCUUACUUAUUUUGGCUAUUUCAGGUCCUCACAUAUUGACUUAUGUGGGUCUUGGAUGUUUAAUCGUAAUUGUACAUGCAUCAUUAUGGAAAAGUCCCUCAACUUUACCUGGACAAGAUAUAUAGUCAGAGUUUGACAAAGUGUUAAUACAAAAUGAUGUUGAAUUAAUUAAUCAUUGAAGUAUAUA